CACGCCACGUUUCACCAAAAAGAUAACCAUCCAUCAAACAUGUUUUAAGUUUCGACGCGAACCCAUUCCCACCGAAUAAUAAUAAUAAUAAUAUCUCUCAAAAACGUUCUCUUCCCCGCAACCUUCCCUGAUUGUCAAUUGGAUCUUCAUGAGUUCAACAACCACUGGAGCAUACUUGGUUUCCUGUAAUUCGGGAAACAAGAACAACGAACUCGUCUGCUGGAUUUUGAUCUGCUUGCUGCCAAAAUUCUUGGGAAACUCAUUUGCCUACAUCAACUUCCUCCUCAUUCAGGCCGUUGAUAGGAGUCCAUCAGCAGUGAGGGUGCUGGAGAACUUCGGUCCAAUUAAAGUAUAAUUUUUUAUUAGUCUGGUCAUCAGCAUCGUAAGAGCUUAGAUCCUUUUUUCCUUGAGUGGUGAAAAAUGGUUUCCUCUCAGUUUUCUGGUUUGACUAUGGCUGGCAUGUAUAAACCGUUACUUUUUCCAGUAAACGAUCCUGGUACUGCAAGCACAGAUCACAUUGAGCUAGAUUUCUGUGACGUCUUUGGUCCACUUACAGUUGAAGUCAAUAACAUUGAUUCCGCUACUGGUGAGUCCAUUGAAGAAUCCAGCGAGUUGGUUUAUGAUGACCCAGCAGUCAUUUACACCCGCUCACAUUCUCUGGUUGGUCCUUCUAAUUGUAUUAGUCAAUCACUUAAACUCAGUAAGCUCACCAUACACGAGUCUGAUGAUUCAUUGGAACUAGUGGAGCGCCUCAGUGAAGAGACCAUUGAAGACAUCAAAGAAUCUUCCUUUGACAAUGUUGUCAUUGAGGAAUCUCUGAAUAAUGAGAACGCCAUGAAGAUCCAAAGAGUUAGCAUUGAAGAUUUUGAGAUUUUGAAGGUUGUGGGGCAGGGUGCAUUUGCAAAAGUAUAUCAGGUGAGGAAAAAGGGCACUUCAGAAAUAUAUGCUAUGAAGGUUAUGCGGAAGGACAAGAUUAUGGAGAAGAACCAUGCUGAAUACAUGAAAGCUGAGAGGGAGAUUUUGACAAAGAUAGAGCACCCCUUUGUUGUACAACUAAGAUACUCUUUUCAGACCAAAUACAGAUUGUAUCUUGUGCUUGAUUUUGUUAAUGGGGGCCAUCUCUUCUUUCAACUUUAUCACCAGGGCCUUUUCAGAGAGGAUCUAGCACGCAUAUAUGCUGCCGAGAUUGUUUCUGCAGUUUCCCAUCUCCACUCAAAUGGAAUAAUGCACAGGGAUCUAAAACCUGAAAAUAUCCUUAUGGAUGCUGAUGGCCAUGUUAUGUUGACCGAUUUUGGCCUAGCAAAACAAUUUGAAGAAAGUGCACGAUCUAAUUCGAUGUGUGGUACGUUAGAGUACAUGGCGCCUGAAAUUAUUAUUGGCAAGGGCCAUGAUAAGGCUGCCGAUUGGUGGAGUGUAGGUGUCUUACUGUUCGAGAUGCUUACUGGGAAGCCGCCCUUCUGUGGUGGGAACCGUGAGAAGAUUCAGCAGAAGAUAGUGAAAGAUAGGAUUAAGCUGCCAGGGUAUUUGUCAAGUGAAGCACAUUCACUGUUGAAAGGGCUUCUACAGAAGGAGGCACCAAAGCGGUUAGGUUGUGGAGCUAAAGGGAUUGGUGAAAUCAAAGGCCACAAGUGGUUCAAACCAAUCAAUUGGAAGAAGUUGGAUGCACGUGAAAUUCAACCAAGCUUCCGGCCAGAUGUAGCAGGAAAGUACUGUGUUGCCAACUUUGAGAAGCGCUGGACUGAUAUGCCGGUUGUGGAUUCACCAGCUGCCAGUCCGAAUGGGGGAAAUCCCUUCAAGGAUUUCUCUUAUGCGAGACCUGCAGCCUCUUUUCUUCAAAUGAAUAGCCCUGCUUGCUAACUUCAUGGUUUGCAUUGACUUAAGACAACACUUCUUUUCUUAUGAUGAUUAGGUAGUAAAUUGUAUUAGUUGUAUUUGGUUGAGUGAACAGUGAUACACUGUUACAUGAAUUGCCAUAAAAAAAACAUUUGUGAACUUUGCAUUAUGUUUGUUCCUUGCAGCUCUACAAUUGUUGAGCUGACUUUGCUAGAACUUGUUAUUUGAAGAAAAUAAAUUGCAUUAUUCUAUACA